AUGCAGGACCGCGCCGGGGCGUGGUGGGAGGGGGAGAAGAGGGAGGGCGAUGCGGUGCUGGCUGAUGAGGGGUUUAAGAGGACGGCGAAUGGGAUGCAGUUGGCGUAUGAUGAGAAGGAUGGGGUGUUGAGGGAGAGCACGAAGGCUGCAUUGAACUCUUUGAUGCCUGGGAUGGUGCCCAGCGAGCAUUGGAGGAGGGAGGGGACCUGGCCGCGAGAGAAGACUGUGACUAACAGUGACGGGGAGGUGAUAGCAGGAACAGUCGAUACCCUAUUGGAUCUUUAUCGGGAUCUGAAUUCACACAAAUUCAUUGGUGGAGCUGAACGGGAUUAA